AUGCGAGAGAAUGAAAAGUUCACGUUUGGCUCUUCAUCGAACAAUGAUGUGGUUCUCAAGCAUCUUGAGGAAUCGAGCCAGGAAUGUUGCUACAUAAACUUCUUGCACCUCCAGCUAUACCCAGACCCGGACUCUGGCGCGCUGACCUUGUAUAAUACUUCAACUUCUACCUUCGAUGUUCACUCCCUCUCCGCCCCUCAAUUCGACGAUAACGUUUUACCGGGUCAGAAAACAAUGAUCGAAUGCGGAAAUUGGCAGCUUAGGCUUGGAAAAGGAUUGGAUUUUGAGAUCAGGGUUAUGCCGCAUACUCCCGAGGAAGCAGGCCAUAAUCGAUCACUCAUCUCUCCUGUUACGGCUACGACCGCUUUACUCGCCAAGCCCAUAGCAAAGGCAGCCACAGUUGGGCCACUCAAAGAGAAAAUUGUCGAGGCUCCUGUGCCGUCCGUAACGAGACCUGGGGCGAUCCAUAUCAGAAACAAGACUCUCAUAGCAGAUCGUACAGCGGAAGGAGCAACAACGGGAUCGAAAGCUCCUCCAUUACGACUGCAGGCUUCUCAUAGCCUAGAGCCUCUAAUCCUGGGCGAAACUAUCGGCAAAACUCCUCACACUCAGGUCUUCAAGGCCAUCCGCAAUGACAUAGUGGUUGCAGUCAAGAUGUGCCGGAAACCCGAAAUAAAAUCAUCCGCAGACACAUGGAGAAAUGAGCUGGAAAUACUACGCAAUUUAAAUCAUCCAUCAAUUAUAAACCUCAUAAACUACGACGCCGCAACUUUGAGCCUUGAACUUGAAUAUAUAGGGCCUGAUCUAGCCCAAUUCGUUGAUAGACACCAAAUGUCACAACUGUCGGAAAAUUUACGACAUCGUGUUUGGAUGGAUGUUAGUCGUGGCAUAGAGUAUAUACACUCCCAGGACGUCACUCAUUUCGAUGUUAAGCCCAGUAAUAUACUGCUUGGUGAUCGGGCUGUGCUUUGCGAUUUUGGAACUUCCGUCAAAGGGACUGUCAAACCGACGUCUAGUCCCGGUGGAACACCUUGCUACGUACCACCAGAGUAUCUCUAUGGCAAUCUGCGAGGAUCUUCCGGUGAUAUCUGGGCCUUUGGCGUCACCAUGCUGUUUGUCUGCGGCCUAAUACCUCUACCACGUGGCAGUUGGAAGAUUGCGGAGGUUCCUGCGCAGGGUGCUGCUUCUAGGAAGAUGGCUGAUUGGGUUGACGAAGUUGAGCGCGUCACAGAGAAUAUCCCAGAGGGCCUUGCUCUUCUCCGAUCGAUGCUCACGCCGAGAUCCAAGGAACGAAUUACAGCUCCACAGUUGGUUAACAAAUUGCUUGAAAUGCUACCACGCGAGCCACUGGAACUCCUUGCAUAG